UCCACGACUGCAGCUCUUCAUCACUUUACUGCUUCACUUUGGAGCAGGAAUCACUGAUGGACAAAUCAUCCAUCACAGAGCUGGAGAUGACGUCGUUUUACCGUCUAACGUUGGUUCAUCAUCCAACCAAUGUUCUGGUGUUGUAUGGACUCAAAUAAACAUGCAAAACGUCAAUGUUAGUUAUGGAGAUAUAGAGGAGACGUCACCUGGAGCUGACAGGAGAAGUUUGAGCAGUAACUGCUCUCUGAUCAUCAACAACAUCACUGUUGAAUAUACUGGUGUUUACUGGUGUAGGAUUGGAGAUAAACACUGUUCCAAAUAUGUGCUUCUAAUUGUUUUAACAGCAGGAAUCAGUGGUUACAUCGUUCUCCAUCACAGAGCUGGAGAUGACGUAAUUUUACGAUGUCACAUUGAAUCUUCAGCCGACCUAUGUUCUGUUACUCUCUGGAUUUACAACAACAUUCAAAAUGCAUAUGGACACGUCAAGGUUAUUGAUGGAGAUAUUGUGAAGACGUCACCUGGAGCUGACAGGAUGAAUGUGAGCAGUAACUGCUCUCUGAUCAUCAACAACAUCACUGUUGAAGAUGCUGGUGGUUACACCUGUUGGAAUGACUAUUCUAAUCGUGCCACACCUUUGUUUCUGAAUGUUUUAACAGUCUCUCCAUCUCCACCAGAUGUGGAUCCAGGAAGGGAUGGAGACGUGACAUUACGCUGUUCUCUGGUGAGACACCGUUAUUUGGGUCCCUGUGAGCAGAACAGCAUCAUCUGGGUGGAUGAGACAGGAAGUGUGCUGCUUGGUGAAGGUGAUGGGUUUGUGUCAGGAACCGGCGUGAGAACAAUCAUUCUCUACCACAGGGCUGGAGAUGACGUAGCUUUGCAGAAUAACGUUGACUCAUCGUCUUCCAACUGCUCCGAUGUUGAGUGGAUUUACAGCAGAGACACAAGUUCAGCGUCUCAUGAGGAGUUUGGUUCUGGAGCUGGCAGGAUGGACAGGAACUGCUCCCUGAUCAUCACCAACAUCACUGCUGGAGACGCUGGUCUCUACGAGAGCCGGCUGAGGGACAAGUACAACACCGUUGUGUAUCUCAGUGUUUUAACAAGUGAGUAUUUGGACUGUGUGGGAAACAGUGCAACCAGAAACACCCAACCCUUGCUGGGUUUGUCCGUCCCAGGAAGGGUUUCCCUCUUUGGAUCCGGCCGUUGA